CAUUGACUGAGCGCAGCUCAAUGGCUCUUUGUCCAGGUACAAGUACACCAGAUGGCAGUAACGCAUCGAUACACAAUAUAUCAAAUGGAAUAUGUGUGGUUGACAUUAACAGUGCUGCAUUGGGACAACGAAGACUGAAGUACAAUUGUUUUUCUGAUUUGAGGAUCUUAGAUGUCCUGAAAUGAAAGAUGAUGUUGGUGGAAGAUGAAUCAUCUAAGAAUCAUGUGGAGGAAUCAAGUUCUACAAAGGAUGAAUCAUCUCCAUCUAAUCUUACAGAUCUUCAUUGUCAUCAACAACAUGCUAGAAAUGAGAGGUUAUUGAAUAUACGAAAAUUAAAGUCAAGAAAUGCAGCGCGUACGCGAAGAGGGAAAGAAAAUUAUGAGUUUUAUGAGUUGGCAAAGUUGUUGCCGAUUCCUGUUGAGACGUCGAGUCAACUUGAUAAAGCUUCAAUUAUUCGUCUCACAAUGAGUUUUUUAAAAUUGAGAGAAUUCAACUUUUGUGUUGAACCCCAAUGGAAUCUAGUGAAUGAAGGGCCACCUCCAAACCGUACAGUAAAAGAUGCCUCAAGGUCAGUAAAGUCUGCUCUACAACAGGUUGCAAUGACUAAAAUAAUCGAAGAACAACUAGGAUCACGUAUAUUACAAAGCCUCGAUGGAUUUAUGUUUGUGCUAAAUUGUUCAGGAAGAUUUUUAUAUGUUUCUGAAAGUGUUUCUAUAUUUCUUGGAUUAUCACAAGUUGAAAUGAUUGGAAGUAGUAUAUUUGAUUAUACAUAUCCUGAUGAUCGUAAUGAACUUGCCGUCCAUCUUAGCGUUAUGUUGUCUCCUUCAAAAACUGAUGAUGUCACAAUGGGAAGCAAUAAUAAUACAAAAAAGCAAUCAGAAAAAGAGAAGAAUUGUGUCCGAUCUUUCUUUAUAAGAAUGAAAUCAACUCUCACAAAACGAGGUGUAACUCCCAAAUCAUCCUAUUACAAGGUUGUCCACAUGUGUACUCGAUCACAAUGUCCACCAACAAAACGAAAUGGAACAAAAAACCUCACUACAAGAUCUGAUUGCAAUAACUUAUCAAAAGAUUCUAACGCAACACGUAAUCCAAUUGGAUUGAUUGGUUUUGGGGCAUCCUUGCCACCAUAUAGUCUAAGCGAACUCCCACUUCAUGAAAACAUUUUUACAAUGAGAGUGAAUCCAACACUAAAUUUUACAUACUGCGAUCCAGCAAUUGAAGAUAUGUUGGGAUACAAUGUGCGGGAUGUCGUAGGACAAAGUUUUUAUCACAGUAUUCAUGCAGGAGAUGUCAAUAAAAUAAAGAAAUGUCACAUUGAAUUAUUGACUAAAGGACAUGUCAGAACACCAUACUACAGGUGGAUGCACAAAUCCGGAGGAUAUAGAUGGAUAUAUUCUUCUAUUACAUUGCUAGCUAAUCAAAGACUUUAUCCUGAACAAUCAUUUAUAUGGAUUAACAAUGUAAUAAGUGGUAUUUGUGAAGAAAAUCAAGUUAUUGAUUUAUUUCAAUUUCCACAAGAAGAAAUUGAUCGUCGAAAAAAUUUAUUAGAAAAGCAGAAAUUAACUGAAGCAAAAACUAAAUCCAAGGUGAAGAAAUCAAGCAAUGAAAAAGAUUCGAAAAAGACAAAACUUUGCAAAAAUAAAAAGGAAGAAACUUCAGAAACAUCAUCAGAAGAUAGUAAUAACAUAUCAGAAAAGUCCUCAACAUCUAAGGAUUUUGAUGAAUCUUCUUCAACUGAUUGCAAUAACAAUUCUGUAACAAUUGAUGAAAAAUAUCAAAAUCAAAAGCAUCCUAUUUGUCAAGAGAAUUUAGAUGCUACUAGCAAAAGGAAUUCUAAGCGAAAACUAUCUACGAUUGAAUCUGCCAUUCCCGGUGGGAAAGAGAGAAGAAAUGACAAUGAAGCUUCGGAAAUAACAGAAACAAGUAUGCCACAGAAUGAUGGUGAAACCGAUAAUGUGAACGCAAUCAAAACCUCCCAUGAUAAAACAUCUAACGCAAAGCAAAGCGGACAACUUGAUAAAGAAUCGAGAUUAAAAUCUGACAGUGCUAUUGAAAAUGAUGCCACUAUAAAUAAGCCAAACGAUGGAAGUGGUGUGAAGAUUUAUUGUAUGGCUACUGAUUUUUCUGGUGUUAAAAUAGCUGCGAAGCAUUUGGCAAAACCAAUAAUUUACGCUGAUUCAGUUUCUGAAUACAUGGACGUUGAUUCAACAAUGUGGGCAAAUCCUCCAAAUAAAGAAAUUUCGAAUCAUAACGAUCUUCCUCCAGGUAUAAAACAAAUGCCAGGUUUAUGGUUUAAUAGACAAACACAAACACCUUCUGCGGUUCAUCAUCACUAUCCUUUUGGCAUUAACCCGAAUCUACUUCACUCUAAUCCACUACUGGCAAAAAUCAUGAUGGCAGGUUGGGCAGGUCAUCGUUUACCAGGUGCUGAUACUUUCAUGGUAACUGCACCCGUUCAAUUAAUGUCUCCGAUUCGAUUGCCUGAAAAUAUGGACGAGGGUGAUUUUGCAAAAUGUAACGCGGCUUCACAAGCCUCAGUUGCAGCUGUUUUAGAAGAAUUAAAAAAAGAUCCGCUUCAUAAGGUGAAUCCACCAAAUAAAGUCGUUUUGCCUAGUCUCCAUGACAAUGGACUUAACAAAUCGACGAUAAUAUCAGGCUCGAAAAACUUGUUGCAUUCCGUUCCAUGUUUUAACAUGGGCGAGACUUUGUCUGACGGUAAAACAAUGCUGCCUAAUACAAGCACUCAAACCAGCUCAACAGGUUUGCCAUCCAGGGCUCUUACUACCUUGAAUCUAUACACAAAUGAAGUUUUAAAUCAACAUGUGAGAGCUCAAACCGUAAUACAAGUUCCAAGUACAAUAUUAGUUCCAACAAACAGUAUGGUAUUUAAUAGUACAGAGCAUCCUCCUCUACUUGCUAUAAACUCGGAUAACGGGUUAAAAUUGCCAAUACCGUCAACUCCGUUUCAACAACAUGUAAAUCCGUGUGUUAUUCAACCAUUCUCGUUCCCUCAAGUUCCAAAAGUUCCUUUUUGAAAGUUCCAGCGCUUUUUUAUUAUUUUUCUUUGUAUACCUAUGAAUCAAUUUUUAAUUUUAAAUUGUUGCAAAGUAAGAAUUUAUUAAAUUGAAGUGAUGUUCCAAAUGUCAAGUUCAUCAAAAUUAUUGAUGUUAACUUAAAUUUUUGGGUAGUCAAAUUAUUUGUUACCAAUUUGUUUAGGUUUUUUAAUUUCAAGCGAAUUGAUGUCGAUAAA